AUGCACCUCGCUACAAACCUUGCGCUUAGUGCUGCAGACAGAUGGAAUAUCAUGCUGGCCGAUAUUUGGUCCCUACGACGAGCGGUGGAAUUCGUCGCCGUCACCGAACAUGACCAUCCGGAGAUGAGGGAUCCUUUAAGCAUGUUCUUGAAUGUAGCAAAGUGCAAGAAGUUUCAAACAGCGGCGGAGGAAGACAAGAGCUUCUUUGUUUAUGAGCCAAGGCCUUAUGGCGGUGAAUUUGGGCAGUGGAUAACCAUCCAUUCCUACCAAGACCCGCUUGUUAGACAGUACAACCGCCGUGCUGGGGAACUCGGCAUCCGAGCUCAUUUCGAUCGAACCCUGCACGCCUCAUAUGUCAAGUUCGAAUAUGAGGUGGAUGUGCCCAAGUUAUUUCGUAUCGCCUUUCCUAACCCUACUCCUGAACAGGACACAAUUUUCGAAGACGAGGUCAGGGAUAUGGGCCACAGCGAAGCCUUGGUCGAUCAUGAAGGAGAUACCGACGGUGAGCUAGAAGAUGGUGGCGAUAAGAAAUACGCAGCGAACUUCCCCCUCUACCAAACGGCUGCCAAACGGCGCCCUCAGAUAUAUGCCAACGUGGACGCAGCUCAACCGUACCAGCUACGUCCAGAAUGUCGCAAGUGUUAUGAGCUGUUCGCCUCGUUCGAAGGUCUCGAGCACCAUCUUCAACAAUUUCCCAGACACCGAAUUCCGUUCAAGCGCAAGCAGUACAACGUUCUUAAUUACUGGGCUCAGCACGGCGGCGGGCGUAAGUGCUGGACCUGCGCAAAAUCUUAUACGAGCUUGGAAUUUCUUGCAAAGCAUCUUGACGAUUGUGGGCACCGCCGUGAGGGCAUGAUCCCACGAUGGAAACAGGACAAUGGUUGGAUGAAUCGGAGGGACGGUAAGAGGAAAGCGAGAGAGAAGGCAGCGCAGGAAUGGGAAUGGCGCAAAGCAUAUGAGGUUAUAGAGCAACUCAGAGAGCAGCCGGAUCAAGAGCAGCAGAAUGAGGAAGCGGAUGAGGAGUAG